UAAUGAUACGUCCGUCUCUGUCUAGAGGCUAUCGCAAACUUGACCUUUUAUUAGUCUUGUCAUUCUUAAACUGUAGUGCGUAGGAGAUGCUCGUUUUACUAAAAAUAAUAAGGAAAUAAGUGAAAUAUUAGUGAAAAUACUUUUAAAAUGCUCAGAGCCCUCCUGCUAGCGACAGCCCUAGUGCUCACACAGCAGCAGCAGACACCCCUAUCGCCAUGCCCGAACGUGUUCAGUUACGAGCCGCCAGGAACGGAGCCGGGCCGGUGGUACGGAGUGGUCAAUCUGUCCACCGACAGCAUACUACACUCCGUGUGGAUCAACGUGGUGCUCGACAGCAAAGCUGACAUACUUGGAAAUUGGGUCGGCGACGUAACAACCACAGACAACACAGACUUCAAAAUAGAAAACACUAAGAUGAAAAUCCACCCCGGCCCCGCGACCGCCGUGCGAUUUUUCGUCCAAUACAACCCUUUAAAUAAGGCCCCAAAACUGCGAGCCAUACGGCUGAAUGGAAGAGAAAUAUGCAAUGCUAAUAAUCCUCAGCCGGCGAUCGAUAGGCCUGAUGAGAGGCGGACGACGGCCAGGCCUUUAAGGCCGGAUGAGGCCAGGCCUGUACUAAGGCCGGAUGAUUCAUCCAGGCCUGUACUAAGGCCGGAUGAUUCAUCCAGGCCUGUACUAAGGCCGGAUGAUAUUCCUCAGGCCAAGCCGGUGCAGGGGCAACAGGCGGGGGCAGGGCCGGUGUAUUCGACGACGCAGGGACCGCCUCAGAACCCGGUUAAUCUUAAUAUCGGUGGUGGCCAAAUCCCUGCCCAGAGCGUUGGCACGCAAACCAGCUUCGGCACCAACCCUGGUACCGGUCCCAGCUUCGGUACCAAUACCGGUACCGGUCCCAGCUUCGGUAGCGAUACCGGUAGCUCAAGCUUCGGUACUAAUACCGGUAGCAGCUUCGGUACUCAGACCGGUAGCAUCAACGAUGACAGAAGGAGACCGGACAACGGGUACCGGCUGACGACAGCGGUACCCAUGCGGACCACAACUACGAGUAGAUACGACGAUGAUGAUGACGGGAACGACUAUUUCUCGGGCGGGCAACCUACGUUCAUCGUCCCGAGCAGGCCUAACAACAACAAUAACAACUUUAACAAUAACAAUAGACAACAGACGGAAUGUGGCAAGGUGGUGCGAAACAACCCCAACCCGUUGGUGGUGAACGGUCGUCCAACUCUGGAGGGGCAGUGGCCGUGGCAAAUAGCGUUAUACCAAACGCAGACGGUUGACAACAAAUACAUUUGCGGCGGAACCCUAGUAACGCGUAGCCACGUGAUCACAGCCGCUCACUGCGUUACCCGCAAGGGCUCCAGUCGUGUCGUCAACCAGAACACCCUCACUGUGUACCUUGGGAAGCAUAACCUUAGAACGUCGGUGGAGGGAGUGCAGAUUAAAUUGGUCUCGGAAAUCCGAGUACACCCUCAAUACAACGCGUCAUCGUACAGCCGGGACGUCGGCGUACUCAAGCUUAGAGAACGAGUAACCUACAGCGACUUCGUUCGUCCCGCGUGCCUCUGGCCGGAUAACGAAGUAGAUCUGACGAAUGUCAUAGGGAAGAAGGGAUCGGUGGUCGGAUGGGGCUUCGAUGAUAAGGGCGUGGCCACCGAAGAGCUGACCCUCGUGGAGAUGCCCGUGGUAGACCAGGAGACCUGCAUCAGAUCCUACAGCGAGUUCUUCGCUCGCUUUACUUCAGACUACACUUACUGUGCCGGUUACAAAGAUGGAGCCGUCGAUAAAAGAACAGGCACUAGGAAAAGCAGCUCAGUAUGCAACGGCGACAGCGGCGGCGGCAUGGUGUUCCUAAUGCGGAACUCCUGGUACCUCCGCGGGCUCGUCUCGCUCUCCGUCGCGCGACAUAACGAGUAUCGGUGCGACCCGACGCAUUACGUCGUGUUCACGGAUUUGGCCAAGUUCCUGCCGUGGAUCCAGCAGAAUACUAGCGACGAAUAGUAGUUAGGAAUGUUUUUGUUUAAAUUUAGGCCCUUUA